UUGCUUUCCGCAGCCGCGGCCGGUAGUGACGUCUCGAGUUCUGUAGUUAGCGGGAAAACUUGUCUCAGCGUUCCGGCGGAGAGCGCGCGCACGGGACUUUCAAGCGUUGGACCCCGCGAACCUGAGCUGUCAUGAGUCUCUGGGUGGACAAGUACCGGCCCUGUUCCUUAGGACGACUGGACUAUCACAAGGAGCAGGCAGCGCAGCUCCGCAACCUGGUGCAGUGUGGUGACUUUCCUCACCUGUUAGUAUAUGGACCAUCAGGUGCUGGAAAAAAAACAAGAAUUAUGUGUAUUCUCCGUGAACUUUAUGGUGUUGGAGUUGAAAAAUUGAGAAUUGAACAUCAAACUAUCACAACUCCAUCAAAAAAAAAAAUUGAAAUCAGCACUAUUGCAAGCAAUUACCACCUUGAAGUUAAUCCCAGUGAUGCUGGCAAUAGUGAUCGAGUAGUAAUUCAGGAGAUGUUGAAAACAGUGGCACAGUCACAGCAACUUGAAACAAACUCUCAAAGAGAUUUUAAAGUGGUAUUAUUGACAGAAGUUGACAAACUCACUAAAGAUGCUCAACAUGCCUUGCGCAGAACCAUGGAAAAGUAUAUGUCAACCUGCAGAUUGAUCUUAUGCUGCAAUUCUACAUCUAAAGUGAUAUCCCCUAUUCGUAGUAGGUGCCUGGCAGUUCGUGUGCCUGCUCCCAGCAUUGAAGAUAUUUGCCAUGUGUUAUCUACUGUGUGCAAAAAGGAAGGCCUGAAUCUUCCUUCUCAGCUGGCUCAGAGAAUUGCAGAAAAGUCCUGCAGAAAUCUCAGAAAAGCUCUACUUAUGUCUGAAGCCUGCAGAGUGCAACAGUAUCCUUUUACUGCCGAUCAAGAAAUCCCUGAGACAGAUUGGGAGGUUUAUCUGAGGGAGACAGCAAAUGCUAUUGUCAGUCAGCAGACACCACAGAGACUCCUUGAAGUUCGUGGAAGGCUGUAUGAGCUUCUAACUCAUUGUAUUCCUCCUGAGAUAAUAAUGAAGGUAGGUUUAAGCUCAGACUGUGGAUUAAGAAGAGAGAACCAAGUGAAUACCUGGAGAAUAAGCAUUUCAGACAGCAAAAUUCAGUGUACGUGGGAGAUGAUAGGAAAAAAGGUACAGGAGUUCAAACUGUAUAUCCUUGGUCUCAGCUACCUAGUUAGCUAAAUUUAUUUAUUGCUAAAUACUAGGGAUUGCAGGGGUUUUUGUUUUAAUUAAAGUUACAUAGUAAUGCUUACAUGAAAUAAUUAAAAUGAUACCACUUUACGGAAAGAAAAAAGUGAAAGUCCAUUUAUCUGUUUAUAAAAGUUACCACUUUUAACAGACCUGAGUUUUUCACAGAUAAUCAAAUACAUAUGUAUGUGUGUGUGUGUAGUUUCACAAAAUUUCUGUGCUCUUGCACCAUGUUUUUAUUCAGUAGUAUGGAUGUUGUGCUAUAACUACAGAUUUAUCUUGUUCUUUUCAGUAUUUUAUCGUACUAAAAAGACUAUCUUAAGUUUUUGGUAAUCUGUCAUGUCAUGAGUAUCAUGUUUUUUAAUAUGGCCUCUAUUGGAACUUUAGAUUGCCUAUAGAUUAUUAUUAUAAAUAUUGUUGCAGUAAAUAUAUUUAUAUCUUUCUCUUGCACCCUUCUGCAGUAUAAUACAGAUGUCCCUCUAUUUAAAGCAAAGUUAUGUCCUGAUAAACCCAUUAAAGUUGAAGAUGUUUUAAGUUAAAAUCCCAGCUACUUGGGAGGUUGCAGCAAGAGGACCACUUGGCUGCCAGAGUUAGAGACCAGCCUGGAUAACAAAGACCUUGUCUUGAAAAAAAAAUCAUUCUAUAUACCUGACUUACUGGAACAUCAUAGGUUAACAACAUAGUACAGUGCCUAGAACAGUGAUCCUGAACCUUUUAAUGCUUUCAGUGAUAACAAACAGCUGGCUGUGUCACAUGUGCCAUAGUUUCACCACCACUGGUCUAGAAUAUUGCUUAUUUACCCUAGUGAUUGUGUGGCUGACAGAACUAGUUUGGCCCCGGCAUCUUAAGAGAGUACCAUGUAUCACUAGCCUUGGAAAAGAUCAAAAAUUCAAAGUAUGAUGAAUGUAUAUUGGCUUCAUACCAUCAUAAAGCUCAAAAAUUGUCAAGUCGGAGUAUUGAAAAUCAGGGACCAUUUGUGUUUGCGAUUUGGAGUAUGGUAGGUCUUCACUACAUUUUUACAUUUCAAAAGAAGUUUUUUGGUUUUGGAUGAGGACUACUAGUUAUUAUCAAAGAAAGUUCUCAUAUACUAUAUAUAUAAAAAGCAUAUUUAAGUUAUAUUGGGGGAAUGAGAGAAAUAAAGCUUGUUUGGCUAAUUUUUUAAAUGAUUACUUUUUAAGUUACUGAUUAUUU